CGCGCCAGCGUGCGGUACACUUUCGAGCUUCUCAUCCGUUUGGCAUGGUUCGCAUUCGCGUUAAUCGCUCGGCUUAAAGUGCUAACACCAAUUGUGUUGUGCGUUUGUUGUUGCUUCUUCAAGUCGCGUUUGUUGCAUUUUUUCAAUUCGCUUAUGGUUUUGUGGAGCACAUUUGAAUGAAUAUCUUGCAAAAAUACUCGCAUACAAAUGCGGAGACGAUAAUAAGCGCAUAGCUGUCUAAUGAAAACUUGCCACAGGUGUCACAAGCCGUGCUACAGGAUYCUGUAUGCUGUUCGAAUUGCACAAACAGUAAGUUCUGCCGUACCGUCGCCUUUUCGACUUGCCAUCACGGAGUGGAAGUGUAAUAAAGYUCAACUCAAGCCAAGUGUACGCCAAAAUUGUUUGUAUGUAUGCGAGUCACUCAAGCUUAUAGUCAAACAGUAAAUGCUUAAAGUAAAGCUGAAUCGUCGACGUUUUCUCACUSUUCCGCAUUMRCUUCGAACAAUAUCGCAAGCAAAAGUGAAAUUCUCAGUGUUAUUAUUUGGUGCAUAACAAAAUGAAUAAGMAAUCAGUAAUGGAUAAAUAAAUAGUGUCAAUUAAAUUGUAUGCAAACUGUGUGGGCAAAACAAAACGUAAAAAGCAAGUGUUGUCAGUGAACCAAAAGAGUGAAGACAACAACAAUAGCGCGAGAAAUAUAAUUGGAAAUGCAAAUAAAUAAUAAAUAAAUAAAUGUGAUUACAGUGAGCUGUUUAUAURCAGAUGUAUGUGUGUAGAUGUGUGUACAUGUAGUGGAGAAUAUUGUGCAAUAGAGUGGAGCGGGCAAUAAAUCAAAGUCAAAGAAAAUAUUAUAAAAUAGCAUACUAUCGCUUUAGUAUGCGCACACUUGCAAAAAAUAAUCUUUUAAAAAGGGUUAAUAAACAUACAUAAAAAUCGCUCGAAAAUCACAUGCAAUAUCUAUACGCAAUACAAACAAAGCGAAUGAAUAUUCACACGACAACAACAACAACAAUAGAAACAACUAAUAUUGUUUUCACAAAAGCCAUAAACUACCAACAAAGUAGCAAAAAUUUCGCCAACGCAAAGUCUAACUUUUCGAUUUCUUUUGACGACAGCAAGCAGCGGUAAUUAAACGGCAAAAACAAAGCAAGCAAAAAAACCAAUUUGCAACAUGCCUUCCACAGCUUGCUAAGCGCCUACGAAGCUGUUGAGCAACGAUCGUUAAACGUGCAGCUAAGAAAGUGUGCAACACCGGCGUUUGCUGCAUUUUUUGCGCGAUUCGCCUGACAACAACUACGCCCAACAAACAGCGGCAGCUAAGAAAUUGCAAGAAAAUUGAUAAUUAAAAUUUUUUGCAAAAAAAAAAAAAAAACAAAAAAGAAAUAAUACGAAUAAAAAGCUGAGCAGCCAUCAAGCGCGUAGAGUUAAACGCAUUAAUUGCGCUGGCGUAAUAGCAGCAAUUGGCGUCAGCAGCAGACAACAAUAGCUMGUUGCUACAACACACAGCUCAACGGUUGAACGCGAGCAUUGGCGACACUUUGAAACAUAGCGUCUACCCAUAUUCGUCACAAUCGCCGUCAUUCUUCGAUUGGUGCAACUUUUUAUCGCCUACAACGCGCGCGUAUCUUUAAGUGUGUGCAUGUGCAUUAGUGUUAGUGCGUUUUUUAAUUGUUGCUUGGCGUGCAGCUGUCAUACUAAUUACCUUACCCCACACGAUUGUCGCAAGUUUUCGUUAUAAUUUUACAACAAGUCAGCGUUAGAAUGGCGACAUUUGCUUGAGGCACAUUGCAGAGCAGACGAUCUUCCUUUUGAAUUUUCAUAUUUAUACAACAUGUGGAAUAGUAAUAAUUGUUAUAGUCGAAGAUGGCUAGUCACGGACACGAGACAAGUGGGCAUAGKAAGUAGCAGAGAUCGGUAWCAACUGUCCAACAGAACAAGGAAAUCUACACAGUCGCUGCAAACAGCAGCGGCGUCGACUUUGCAACUACCGCGACAUACUAAACGCAAAUGCCGACGAUUAUGCGACGCACGCGCGAAAUGUGCCGAGCAGCCCGAGUUAUGGCUACCGCAAAUGUCAGCCACGGCGUAUGCGGCAGAUGGAAAAGCGCUGCCGUACAGACAGCUCUCGCGGCUGUCAGGAACUGCGUCAWAUACAACCGCAUCGUUAUGGUCGCACCUAAAGUCCUCAAUAGCGCCUGCCCGGUGCACACGAGUCAACGCUUGCCUAAACCAAAUAAUAGAAGUAUUACUAGCCUUACUAUUAGCCAAUUGUCUGAUGCAGCUAUGCGGACAACUGCCCACAGCGACAGCCGCAUUCGGUGCGCCAACGGCGAGCGAUACACUUGCCGAAGCAUACAACUUCUACACGAACCGUAGGCUGAGCCAACGCGGCGACGACGACGACGAUGAUGAGUACGUGGACGCUUAUAGCAACAACUAUCGCCAAGCGCACAGCAUUGGCGGCAAUGCGGCGUUUGCAUUCAACGCGUUGCAAUUGCCAUCGGCUGCCACGCUGGCUGCAGCAGGCGCUUACAACGUACCAGAUGGUGAUACCGCAUUGUCGGUGAAUCAGCUGCAACGGAGUCAAAAUUUCAAAAUCAGUCAGAAGCCCUGCUCGAUUGGACGCAUCGAGGGCACUUGCAUGUUCGUGUGGGAGUGCAUCAAGUCGGAGGGUCGGCAUGUGGGCAUGUGUGUGGACUCGUUUAUGUUCGGUUCGUGUUGUGCGCACAAUUAUACAGAGAAUAUUGUAAUGCCGCAGACGUUCUCCUACACGCGUCCCACCAAACCUCUGGGCAUUGGCGGUGUGAAUCAUCGACCUCGACCGCCGCAUCAGCCACACAAGCCGAGCAUAAGUGGUAUGACUACUAUUGAGCGGCCGCAUGGCGCUGGAACGCUGGUCAUACGUCCAUCUGGGCCGCAUCAUCAGGGCGCUUUGUAUAAGCCUCAGUACAUGAAACCCUCAACUGUGGSCACAACCACAUCUUUCUCCGCCUCUCACUCAGCAGCGACGACAACGACGACAACCACUUCAACUGAGGACUCCAAUGCGUUGUGGACUUCGAAUUCRGUAUUGCAAGAUUUGCAGCCGGCAGCGGCCACGGCGUCAAAUCAAUGGAAUACAUCACCACAGCUGACAGCCGUAACGCAACACCACUGGCACAUGACGACUGAGCCAAAUUUUAUUACCAAACCGCGGCCGCCCAGCUGGGAGAAACCGACCGGUAUGCGUCCCUCAAAGCCAUCAAAGCCAACAAAGAAGCCUAUCUUGCCACAGCCGCAAUUGCCCAGCUACCAAUUGACGCAGCAACAACAGCAACAGCAGCACACCACAGCGGGUAUUGUGUACACGACGCGAAGGCCAGUGCCGCCAACAUCUACGCAGUCAGCGACAGGCCAACCGUCCGCAUCGCCCUCAUCAGCGGCGGCCAGUGCACCAAYAACGCCAAUAUCGGCGCUGUCGUUGACGCGUCCACAACCACCAUACACCGCCUCGUCUGCGUCUUUCGACACAUCUGCGACUUCGUCAUCGUCAGGCACUAACUUGUGGCAACAACAACAGCAUCAGCAGCAGCAACAACAUCAAUACCAWCACCACCAGCAACAAUAUCGACCGCCGCCUGUUUAUGGGAAGCCACCAACGAAAGUGCCAGCCACAUCACUGGCGACCACCAGCGGCACUGUGAGCGCGACAACAACUACAAUGGAUACAACAACAACGACAAGCACGCGAUUACCAACAAGCAGUACUACGGUAAAAACGACAACGCGUCCUUACACGCGCCCAACCACGCCCAAUUGGGUCAUUAGCGAAAGUGGUGUGCCCAGCGGCGUCGGCGACGGCACAAUUUAUCCACAUUACUCGUCGUCUACAGCAAAACCAACAACAGCAAUAACGACCACAACAACAACAACGCAAAAAUAUAAACCCACUUCGACAUCAUCCAGUUCGUCAACGUUGUCAUCAUCAUCAUCAUCAUCAUCGGCGCAUACAACCGGCUCAAUGUCGCCCAUUAGACCCACUCAACGGCCCACUUGGUCGCAAACGAUACCGACAAGGCAACCACCAACAUCAAAGCCGCCAGCAUCAACCACCACCUCAUCAUCAUCAACCACUUCAGCAUCAUCAUUAUCAUCUUCUACAUCAUCACAUUCCGCUUCCUCAUCAUCAUCGCUCUCACCACCCGCUUCACCAUCUACAGCUGUCACUGCAACGCAUAAUAUGCCCACUUAUGGACAUUAUCCGCAUCCGAGGCCGCCAUCGCAGCAGCAGACAUUGUCGCACCACAAUCUGACGACGAUCGAAUCGAAUGAGAUCUCCGAUAGUUUGACCAAUAAUAGCACCGCUAUUAAAAUCAUCACAGCCGCACGUAGCGAAUGCGGUAUUCCGGUUUUGGCGCGUCCGGAGACACGCAUUGUGGGCGGCAAGAGUGCGGCGUUCGGUCGUUGGCCUUGGCAAGUGUCGGUGCGUCGUACAACGUUUUUCGGCUUCUCGAGUACACAUCGCUGUGGUGGCGCGCUAAUCAAUGAGAAUUGGAUCGCAACUGCGGGACAUUGUGUCGAUGAUCUACUCAUCUCGCAGAUGCGCAUACGUGUCGGCGAAUAUGACUUCUCCCACGUUCAAGAGCAACUACCCUACAUCGAGCGUGGUGUGGCCAAAAAAGUCGUACAUCCCAAAUAUAAUUUCUUCACCUACGAAUAUGACUUGGCCUUGGUGAAACUGGAGCAACCGGUGGAAUUUGCGCCGCACGUCAGUCCUAUCUGCUUACCACAAACGGAUAGUCUAUUGAUUGGCAUGAAUGCCACGUUAAAUCCGCUGACGGCCGUUUCUUCUUGGCUGGCAUUAUCUCGUGGGGCAUUGGCUGUGCGGAGGCAAAUUUGCCCGGCGUUUGCACACGCAUCUCGCGUUUCGUACCCUGGAUCAUGGAAAAUGUAUCGUGAUAGAUUUGGCUCGUGACAAGGCCGGCUUGCAAUCACUUCGUAAAUGGACUGUAAAUAUUUAGGAAUUUUAGUUUUGUCUGCAAUAUUCUAGGCAUUACUGUGCUCCGUGCUUUCCUAAACACUUUUUUCACUAUUUAUAAGCAUGUUUUCAUAUUUAUAAUUUAUCUACCUUAGUUCAAAAACAAAAAAUAUAUA